UCCAGACGUUGAGAGUUGAGACGACCACUGGAUCCAGCAACAUGAAACGAACUCGCUACUAAUCGAGCAAAGUGACUGAUGUGUGUGUUGGGCCUUGCAUUUUGAGCCAUGGAUCAAGUAGAAAUUCAGAAAAAGAAGAAGAAACAUAAAAAGAGCAAAAGUAGUCACAGGUAUUCAAGUGACUCUGACCAUGAGAAAGUCUUUGACGCAUUUGACAGUACAGCAUCACACAGUUCAGACUAUGAUUCACAUUCCAAAAGUGACAGGAGAUCUUCAGACUCCCACAGGAAAAGGAAGCGAAAGCAUUCUAGACAUGGUGCUGAUAGAGAUUUCCGUGAUGAAGAUCCAUCAAAACGGUUUAAACAUUUGUCUAGUUCUAGUCUGAGUGAAAAGUGUCACCAAAGCCGUAAAGAUUUUCAUGGGCAUAAAAAUAAAAAGCAUAAAAGAAGACAUGAACAUGUCAAACACUCCCACAGGCAUGUUGAUAAAAUCUGCAAUCAGCAACACAUCUCCAGUGCUGACUUGUCUAAUGAUGACUCAUCAAGUGACUCUUCAGUACCUCAAAGGUCUCCAGAACCUGUUAAGUACCCAGAAGAAUCACAAGUUGUUACCAAGAAAGACACAAAGUCCUCCCCACCUGCUCCUACUCCUAGUGUCUUUCCCAAGCAACCUCCAAAGCCUCCAGUCAGGGAAACUCUGGACUACAACUUUGACUUCCUGAAGUAUAAGACUUCUUUAGGCAAGAUAUUUUUCAGGGAUAGCACCUUUUCAAACAUAACUCAGAGAGGCAGCAAGGAACAUGAUGACUUUUGGGCUUUUGUCAAGCGAUACCUGGACUUUCAGAGGAAGAAAGCAGAAAAAGGAAAAGAUGAUAAAGCAAAAGCAUCAGCAAAAAGCAGAGGUCAGAUGAAUCUCCCUCAAAACUACGAUGUCCAGUACAAGAUCAACAUAUCAUUCGUCUGCCGAGACUUUGAUGUUUUCCUCAAGAAAAACCGCCUUGUUGAUUACCAGACAGAGAAGGAACUGACCAGGGACAGAGUGGCACAAUUCAGAUCGAUCCUUAUACAUUAUUUGGAUUUUCAGCAAAAACAAAAGUUUCAGAAACUGCACAAAAUCCGCCUUGACCAACGCAAUCUGCCUAUUUACCAGUUCAAGAGAAAGAUCUUGGAUUUAGUGAAGAAACAUCAGGUGGUAGUGGUGGCAGGUGACACAGGUUGUGGGAAAUCUACUCAAGUUCCUCAGUACUUACUGGAAGCUGGGUUUGAGAAAAUAGCUUGUACACAGCCAAGGAGGAUUGCGUGUAUUUCCCUUUCUAAGAGAGUCGGAUAUGAAACACUCAAUGAGUAUGGCUCUCAAGUUGCCUAUCAGGUGCGCUUUGAAAAGAGCAAGACAGCAUCAACCAAAAUAUUGUUUCUCACUGAAGGUCUGCUUCUCCGUCAGAUGAGUUCAGAUCCUCUUCUAGAGAUGUACAGCGUUGUUGUCAUUGAUGAGGUCCAUGAGAGGCACAUCUACACUGACUUUUUGUUGGGCGUUCUGAAGUGUGUCCUCAAACAGCGGGCAGACCUGAAGCUGGUCCUCAUGUCUGCCACCAUCAACAUCAGCCUCUUCUCUCAAUACUUCAACGAUGCUCCUGUACUCAAGGUCCCAGGUCGUCUUUAUCCAAUAGAAAUGGAAUAUUGCCCAAUCAAGCAAAGUGAUGUCACUGAAUCCCGCCGAUUAGAUCCCACACCUUAUUUGCGCAUCAUGCAGAGAAUUGAUCACAAGUACCCGGCCGGUGAAAGAGGAGAUUUGCUCAUAUUUCUCAGUGGUAUGUCAGAGAUCAUGGCUGUGGUAGAGGCGGCUCGGGCGUAUGCUCAACAAAUGAAGCGCUGGAUUGUUCUUCCCCUGCACAGUGCUUUGUCUGUGGAAGAGCAGGAUAAAGUGUUUGACAUUGCCCCUGAUGGUGUGCGCAAGUGUAUAGUCUCUACAAACAUUGCUGAGACCUCUGUCACUAUAGAUGGGGUGCGCUUCAUCGUCGAUUCUGGGAAGGUAAAAGAAAUGAGCUUUGACCCAAAGUACAAAAUGCGGAGACUCCAAGAGUUUUGGAUUAGUCGUGCUAGCUCUGAGCAGAGGAAGGGCAGAGCAGGUCGUACAGGUCCAGGGGUGUGCUAUCGCCUCUAUGACGAGUCUGACUACGAUGCUUUCCAGGACUACUCCACGCCAGAGUUACAGAGGGUUCCACUUGAUUCUCUGAUCCUGCAAAUGAUUUCAAUGGGCCUACCUAAUGCCAGGAAAUUUCCGUUUAUUGAACCACCAGCUGAAUCAAGCCUAGAGAACUCCAUUGUUUUUCUGAAGGAACAAGGAGCCCUUGCAUCAGAUGAGAGCCUGACCCCUAUUGGGCAAAUGUUGUCUAUGCUUCCUGUUGAUGUGGUCAUUGGCAAAAUGCUUAUCAUGGGAUCCGUUUUCAAUAUGAUUGACCCAGUCCUGUCUAUCACAGCAGCCAUGAGUGUUCAGUCGCCUUUCACCAACAGAGCUUAUACUGACCAUGAAGCAAUUACUGCAAGAAAACCUCUGGAGUCAGAGCAUGGGGACCCUUUCACCCUUCUAAAUGCCUUUGAUGAGUGGAUUCAGGUUAAAGCUCAAGGCCAAGGGACACGGAAAUGGUCUCGACGCAGAGGCCUAGAGGAGCAACGGUUUUAUGAGAUGACAAAACUGAAGCGACAAUUCAAAGAUUUGCUCAGGGAUCACCAUUUGCUGGAUGGAGGGGAAGAGCGACAACAUUACUUGACCAGUGAGCAGCGGAGAGCUCAGCAUGGGGAAAGAAAGAGGCUGGGAGAACUGAAGAAGGAAAAGAUGAGAGAGAGGAAGCGACGAAAAGUGCUCACUUUGGAAGAUGAGGAUUACCAAGUCAGCGAUGGGGAGGAGGAUGGGAAAGAAGGAAAUGACAUCAAAGACUUGGAGUUUCGAUUGUCCAAUGACCUCAACCAACUGCAGGAGACAUCUAACCGUAGCCGCAGCUUUACCUUGCGUGACGUCAACCUUAUGAAGAUAAUUUUGUGCAGUGGAAUCUACCCUCAGGUGGCCAUAGCCGACGACUGCAAUACAUACAAGCGAGACUCAGAGCAGGCUUUUCACACUAAGAGCAAGCCAUUUAUUUUGCUGCACCCAACAAGUAUCUUCACUGGCCAGCCAGAGCUGCUGAUCCCCAAAGACUCCAGUGGAAAGGUUCCUGCACCCAGUGACUUGAAGAACCUGCUCAGCUCUAAGCAUGAACUUCUUUCCUACGUGUCCCUUCUGGAGACAAACAACAAGCCAUACUUGGUCAACUUGAUGAGAGUGCCUGCUCUUCAGACCAUCACCUUGUUCUCUAACAGCAUAGACACCAAUGCAGAUUGUACCAGGUUAAUAUGUGACGAGUGGAUGGAGGUCAAGUUUCCCAGUCUGGAGAGUGCAGAGCUUGUGGUCUCCUCUAUCAUGCAGCUUCGUUCUACCUGGACUUCACUGCUCAAAGUCCGACUGCAAGAUACCUUUGAAGGUAUUGAAGAAGAGAGGAGAGUGAGCCCCCGAGCCAAACAGCUGGAGCGGCUUCUGGCCAGUAAACUGACAGAGUUCCUCAACUCGGACAUUGUCUACUCCCUGAGGCGUGUUCUGCCUGCAGAGAUGCAGAGAAUUUACGUUGGUCCUGGGAAAGAUUUGACAUCUGCCUCUGGAAGCAGCAAGUUCAUCAAAACAGACGCUUCUCUCCAAGAACACCCCGUGAAGGGUGGCGUGAAAGUGACAGAAUACUUAAACUUUAAUUGUCUCCUGGAUGAAUCAUCAGCCAGUGUGUGGGGAGAGUUCACUGUCAAUAUGCAGCGUCACUGGGUGUGUCCGCAGUGCAACCGUUCCAUGAUCGUCUCUGUACUGGAGAGACUGCAGCAUGAAGCGGAGUGUGGCUCCGAGGGGGGUGAAGGUCUCAAACAGCAAGAGGCAGCCGAAAGUGAAAGAGAAAAGCAGAACAGUGGGAAUCCUAAGAGGAAAGCUUAUUUCUGCCCUGAAUGUGAAGAACACCUCAAUCUCACUACCAUUGAGAUACUGAAGCACAGAAAAUCUCAUAUUCCAUGAGCUUGUACAACUUAAGGAUUUAUUUUCUUUCUUUGAGUGUCCUAUGGUAUGAUACUGGUUUUGAUUAUAUGGAGACAUAUGGGUUUGCAGACAGAAUCAGACGAGGCUAAAAAAUUCACAGAUGUGUAUACUGUUUACCCAUGAAAAAGGCGAUAUUUUUGCAGCUAAUGAUAAGAUAAGAUCCUUAACUCUUGACAGCUAACUGUAUGUACACCCCAUAAGCUAUGGGAAAUUCUGCCGUGUGAAAGACAUCACAUGUCCCAAUCUUUUAUCGAUAGUUAUUCGCAUAUUAUAAAGACAGAUCAGUAAAACUUAUACCAAUAGCAAGAUAAAUGAUUGGAAGAAUUUUCCUAUUGAAAGACAUUCAUAGAAUCACCUGUAACAAGGUAAACAGCUUGGAAAGUACAAAGACUGAACAAGGACUAUGAUUCUACUGGUUGACUCUGUCUCGCACAAUGUGUGUGUGGAAGACAACAGACCUAUGCUCGACUACCUGUCAAACUAUAUAUAUAAAUAGAAAAAUUCAGAGAUGGUUUUAUGCACAGACAAGACUCGGGGUAAAACAAGCCAUAAAGAUGUAAACAAGUAAAGAGUAGCCUACCAAGACUAAACUCACAUUCCAAGUCAUCGUGUCAGCUCUGACACCAAAAUAAAUAUACUUCACUUUGUUUUCGGUUGUAGAACCUGCGCUUCCCGUCAAAUAGUCUAUACAUAGAUAUGACCUCAUAGCUAAAGUGAUAAGGUCUAUAGAUAUGUCACUCUUUUUAUUCAGAACUUCAUAAAAAGUAAAAGAUCAUCGAAACAAGACUCAGGUUUUAGCAGCCUUAUGAGAUAUGUUUACACUGCACAGGGCGGCGAAUUUUCUAGAUGUAUGAGUUUGUUUUCAGUACAGUCUAGGGGUUAAAUUAUAUAGAGUCGCCUUUGCAGGUACAGGAAGGGUUGAUUUUACAUAUUAUGAGUGAAACUCCUCUAUUCGUGGAUUCUAAAGUCAAGGGGGAUAAUCGUUAAUAUUCUGCCUUUGUCUCUUUACUUUGAGUCAAUUGAACAUCUAAAUUGAGUUUUUCAUUCAGACUAGGUUUGGAAAAAAAAGAGGAUGAAAUUUUCCUUGCAAUAAUACAUGUAUUUGGCUUGUAUGAGACUUAAUCAUUUCAUGAAUGUUGUAGAAUCUUUUGGUAACUCUACUUACAUGUUUAAUGAAGGUAUUUAUAGAAGUAAGGUCCAAUGACCAGUGCUGUCUCAGAUGAGUGAGAAAUUUGAUGCACUUAACUUUUCAUAGUAAUUGUACAUAGGUACGUACAGCAUGUACAUGUUAGUAUGCGUGUGUUAGUGUGUGUGUGUGUGUGCAUGUGUGAGUGUAUGUAUGUUUACUUAUUUUCAUGUAUUUAUGAGCUUGCACGGAGGUUUUGCAAAAGUGUAGGAAUGAAGAAUGUGUAAAAACCUAAAGAAGGAAAAGACAGUUUGAUGUCGAUGAUGUUUUUAACAAUUAUUUUGCUAAUGUUGUGCAUUACUAUAAGCUCAUUCUUUAUGUUAUUGAACCUGAAUAAAUCUGUUUUUUAUGAUACAAUUGGAUCUCUUCAUGAG